AUGUGCAAAGAUGUCGAUGAAGCACCAAAAGCAAGAGCACAACCCGUAAAGAGAGAUGCGUCAUCAGUUAGAGCAUCUCGUCACUCAGUUGCCCCUGAAGAAGAACCCGCUGAUUUAAGUCCAAUCAUGCCACCACUCGAACCUGGUUCUGACAGCGAACAAAAUCGUGCGGAUCCAGAUCUUUCCGAGGCCUCAAAGAGUGUUUCUUCAUAA